UGAUCACAAUUAUUCAAUCAUGAAAUUUCCUCAAAUCUUGUUUUGAUGCAGAAACAAGCAAAUCUCCCGCCAUUAACAAAGCUAAAACAAAUAAAGACUUUGCCUUUAUUCAAUCUCCAAUAAAGCUUUAGCCAAAACCCUUAAAUCCUAUGCACGUAUAGCAAGUGAUUGGAGGCCAAUCUCCAAUUCAACAAUGAAAUACAGAGGGAAAAGGGUUUUGGGGUUGGAGUCAAACCUAACAUUGCCGAUUGUUUUCCUUCUUUGCUUAUGUUUCUUCCUUGCUGGUCUAUUCGGAUCGAUCAUCAUAUCUCAGGAUGUGAAUAGGGGUGGAUCCAGGCAUAAAUUGCUUGAAGAAAUUGGACAUGAUGAAGGGGAUUCCAUGGUUCAUGGUGAAAGUGGGGACUCUUCCAUCAAUUCUAUCCCAUUUCAGGUCCUGAGUUGGAGACCACGGGCUGUCUAUUUUCCUAAUUUUGCCUCGGAUGAGCAGUGCCAAAAUAUAAUUGAACGGGCUAAGAAAAAGCUCAGACCAUCGUCUCUUGCCCUGCGUGAGGGAGAGACUGCCGAGAGCACAAAGGGUGUUCGGACAAGCUCCGGCGCAUUCCUUAGUGCAUCAGAAGACAGUACAGGAACUUUGGAGUUUGUUGAGGAGAAAAUUGCUAGAGCAACUAUGUUACCAAGGAAUCACGGAGAGGCUUUCAAUGUUCUGCGGUAUGAAGUGGACCAAAGAUAUGUAUCUCACUAUGACUCAUUUAACCCAGCAGAGUAUGGCCCACUGAAGAGCCAACGGGUUGCUUCCUUCCUAUUAUACUUGAGUGAUGUAGAAGAAGGCGGAGAAACCAUGUUCCCAUUUGAGAAUGGGUCAAACAUGAAUCAAGGAUAUGAUUACCAGGGUUGCAUAGGUUUGAAGGUGAGGCCAAGACGAGGAGAUGGCCUUCUGUUCUAUUCCUUAUACCCAAACGGAACAAUAGAUCCGACCUCGCUUCACGGAAGCUGCCCUGUUGUGAAGGGGGAAAAGUGGGUGGCUACGAAAUGGAUUAGAGACAAAGCAAAAGGUUCAUCUUAGUGAUUUGCUGCAUACCAAACAAUUUCACUUUUCUUUGUAAUUUUUAUGCAAAUGAUAUUUGGAAUGGUUCCUUUCUCAUUAGACGAUGUUUUUAACCCAAGUGUUGCGCUAAAUAAAAAGUCUAACUUUAACAAUCUCCAA